AUGACACGAUUUGAAAGUAAUAACAGAUACGAAGUAAAAAACAGUAUGGGUCAGAUGAUAUACAUGGUGCUUGAGGACACUGAUGACAUCACCAGAAAUUCUUAUAAAUCAUUACGUCCCUUUGUCCUUCGGGUCGUUGACUGCAUGGGACGAGAAAUCAUGAGAAUGCAGAGGCCCUUUAGGUGUACCUGUUGCUGUUUUUGUUGCUCUUGUGCCAUGCAAGAGCUUGAAGUUCAGGCUCCUCCUGGUGUAGCUCUUGGCUAUAUUACCCAACACUGGGGCUGCUGCAGUGCAAAUUUCAGCAUUGAAAAUGAGAAGAAAGAACAUGUGCUGGACAUGGUUGGCCCAUGUUUACCUGAUAGCUGUGGCUCAGACACUUUUUAUGAG